AUGACAGGCUCUGAGCCUGAAGAUACCUCAGUCACUCGAGUCUAUGUCUCGGGUCUCCCACCGUCAAUGACCAGGGAGCAACUGUGGUCGCAUUUUGCAGGAAAGUAUUCGGUCACUGAUGCUCAUGUUAUCCCAGACCGCCGUAUAGGCUUUGUGGGAUUCUCGAGUCACGAACAGGCUAAGAGCGCAGUCCAGUACUUCAACAGAUCCUUCGUUCGCAUGUCAAAGAUCUCCGUAACCCUAGCAAAACCUGUACAGGUCAAGCGCAAUGAAAAAGGCCAGGCCGUUCCUGUCUCCGAGCGUGCUUCGAGAAAAAGAAAGCGUGACCCCCGAGAUAAUGGCGAAGAACGUCAGCGACUUUCUGUGGCCCAGCCUCGAAAACCUGCCCGGGAUGUUGCACCACCCACAGAAACUAUCACGGAAGUGGUUUCUGAAGAGAAGGACAGUCCCUCAUCUGAGGCUACUGCAGAACAGGAGAAAGAAGAAGCCAUCGUGGAAGAUAAAUCUAGAUCUGACGCCGAUUGGCUCCGUGGUAAAACUAGCAGGACAUUGGGUUUGCUUGCAGACGCUGAAGACGUGAAUGAGCCGCCGGAGCCUCCUGGUAAUAGUGGUGUCGGACCCAAUGCAGCGGAACCAGUGGAAGAUAUUGAGGCCACCCAGGAUACGGCGGAGGCAGGGAAUACUGAAUACUCAGACCACCGGCAACAACCAUCGGUUCCCAAUGCUCGCCUGUUCAUCCGAAAUCUUCCUUUCGAUACCCGCGAAGAUGAUCUUCAGAAAGUCUUCGCGCCAUAUGGCCGAAUUUCAGAAAUCCAUUUAGUGACCGACACCAGAAAAUCUACCGGCAAGGGUCUUGGUUACGUCCAAUUUGUGGAGCCGGAGCAUGCUGAGAAGGCUCUCCUAGAACUCGACGGAAAGGACUUUAGAGGCAGACUUUUGCACAUUCUACCGUCUUCGGACAAGAAAAUCCAGAAGCUCAGUGAAUUUGAAAUUUCGAAACUGCCUCUCAAACAGCAAAGAGCACUCAAACAGAAGAACGAGGCCUCCAGUUCGACUUUCAGCUGGAACUCGCUCUAUAUGAAUCCAGAUGCAGUCCUGGCAUCGGUGGCUGACCGCCUGAAAGUCUCCAAAGCCGACUUACUUGAUCCUGCUUCAACUGACGCAGCCGUGAAGCAAGCCCAUGCAGAGACAAGUGUUAUCAAGGAAACCAAGGACUACUUGAAGUCCAAUGGACUGAAUCUGGACGCCUUCAAAAAUAAAGCUCGUGACGGGAAAACCCUUCUCCUGAAGAACUUUUCUUUCGGCACCACUGCAGAAGAGCUCUCACAAAUGCUUGGUCAGUACGGUACAAUAGAGUCCCUGCUCUUUCCCCCGACUGGCACGAUGGCUGUCGUCCGGUAUCAGGAAAUCAGCCAAGCUGCUUUAGCACUUAAGCAAUUGGCAUACCGUAAUUUGAGGGGCUCUAUCUUGUUUCUUGAAAAAGCACCAGUGGGUCUCUGGGAUGGUUCCGAGCCCAAACCCAGCGCCGACUCACCCAAUCUUGCUGGAGACGACACGAAUAAUGGUGCUCCGGCUACCACAUUCACGGUAUUUGUGCGCAAUUUGAAUUUCUCAACUACGAGCGUCAGAUUGGCUGAAGCAUUCAAACCACUUUCGGGCUUCCUCUCUGCGAGGGUGAAAACAAGGACUGAUCCUAGCCGGCCAGGCGAGGUCCUCAGUAUGGGCUUCGGCUUUGUCGAAUUCCGCACCAAGGUCCAAGCGGAAGCUGCAAUCGCCACAAUGAACGGCAGACGACUGGACGGAUAUGAACUCCUGGUGCAGACGUCGCAAAAGUCAACUGAUCUGGGAGAGGAGAGACGGAAAGAGGAUACGGCGAAGAAGCUUGACUCCAACAGGACAAAGAUCGUCAUCAAAAAUCUCCCUUUCGAAGCCACCAAGAAGGAUGUUCGUGCACUGUUUGGUGCAUACGGUCAGCUGCGCACGGUCCGAAUGCCUAAAAAAUUCGACAAUACAGCCCGAGGUUUUGCCUUUGCUGAAUUUCUCACGGCUCGAGAGGCGGAAAGCGCCAUCGAGGCUCUGUCUAAUACCCAUUUGCUCGGCCGGAGGCUUGUUCUGGACUUUGCAGAAGGGGAAAUAAUUGACCCAGAAGCCGAGAUCCAAGCAAUGGAGAAGAAGAUCCAGGGCCAUCAGGAUACUUUGACUCACCACAGGAUGACAGGUUCGGCCCGGAAGAAGUUCAACGUUGGUGCAAGAGAAGAUUUCGAUCCUCUUUGA